UUGGCCUGCAAAUCUAAUAUUUUUAAAUUUGUCUGCCACAAAGCUUCAAAGGGUAACACCAUGCCUACCUGGCAGCCUCACAGUUCUUGAUCUCAGUAAAAAUGACUUGACAUUUUUCCACCAUGACCUUCCCAAUCUCAAGCAUCUUCACCUUUCAGGCAACAGGUUUAUUCGAUUCCCUGUGGGGGGAAGGUUUCCCAGCCUGGAGGUAUUGCUCAUACAAAAAAAAACCCAACUUGAAUAUACUCAACAGGAGUGACCUAAUGGGGUUCAAAAACCUGCAAUAUUUGGAAGCUGGUCAAAACAAUUUCAUAUGUACCUGUGAGCUUGUAAGAUUCUUUAGGAGUAAAGUUGACCACUUGGUCACCCUAGGGGAUGGUUACCAUAGCUAUGUGUGUGACUCUCCAUUUACUUUAAGCGGUCAUACAGUCAAAGGUGCUCAGUUGUCAGUCUUUGAAUGUCACAUGACCUGUGCAAUCUCUAUCCUCUGCACUCUAAUCAUACUUUCCCUAGUCCUUGUUAGUGUAGCUUGUCACAAGCUGCAUAUUAUAUGGUAUCUACAAAUGACCAUUGCAUGUUUACGCAUGAAACAAAAACCUGCAAUACACAGAGCAGGUGUGAACUUUUGCUAUGAUGCUUUUGUGUCAUAUAGUCAAUGAGGUGCUGAGUGGGUUGAGGACAUACCUGUUCCAGCACCGGAGAAUUGUCUGCCUCCAUUCGCCCUCUGUCUACACAAACGAGACUUCUGUCCUGGCUGGUGGGAUGCUGACAGUAUCAUUGAGUCCACCGAGAAGAGCCGUAGCUCUUUUAAUUUCUUAUUUAUUGCCAUCAUACUGAAUAGUGUUCAGGUGUUUUGUUUUGUUUUUUACAUCAAUUGCAUUUAUUAAGCUCAAAAACAUCUGGCCUGCCUUCUGCCUCCCGCUGUUAAUACAUUAUUGAAAGAGUCUGGCAUGUUUGGGACAUUUUGCAUGACAAAAGUGUGAUACUGAGCCCCCUUGUGUCACUUCCUGUCCAAACCAGAUUUGACAUUUUUCUUGGCUAUCAUAUUUUAUACAAAUUAUUUUAAAAUUUUAAUAAAAUCCAGAAUGGGCAGGCCAUAAAACUAACUGAAAUGUGUAAUUUCUGACAUACAUGGCAAAAUGUACAUAUUUGGAAAUAUUAAUAUAUCUACUUUGCAGUUUGACUUUUCUUCCUGAUGCUUGUAGAAUUUGUUACAGAAGAUAUUUCUUUAAUGAAGCUUUAAGGUUUAUGGUCCAAACAAUUGCUUUCUUACCAAUUUAUCAUAUUUUGAGAUCUAAUCUGUAUCUUUAACACAUCAAAUUCUAAUAAUUUUAAGAGUAUGGAACCUUAGCUUUAACAAAGGAAAUUGUCAUUUGUUUUAAAUGUCACAUGAAAUGUUUGUAUGACUGGUAAAUGUCAUUGUAAGUCAGUGUUUUG